CUCAAGCUAUUGUACUGCGGCAGCACUGGCUGGCGAAUGCGUACACAGUCUAUCUACAUAACGUCGUGCUCACUGUAAGCAAGUACUAAAAAAAAUUUGCAGGAAGACAUUCUAGGUAGUAUACCCUAUCAAUCAACGUAGGUCAGCACGAGACAGAUGUCUCGGACUAGCAUCUUUGUAUUGUGUGACUAUAUUUAGAGCGGUGGAGACAUCGCAGACUGCGUCACUGCCAGCCGCCCGGUUCUGCCACAGUUAUCGGGUGUCUGCACAAGCACCGCAGCAGCAUCGGAGGCAGCUGUGAAUACAGGUUAUCAUGGGUUCUUGUGGCCGAGCAGAGCGCUGCUGCUGGUGGCGUGGCAUGGCGCUGGUGCUGCUACUCGUGUGCCACGAGGCGGCGUCCGCUCCCAAGCGGCGCUCUUUCAACUGGCGCCGCUUCCUGCAGUGCAUCGACAACCGGUCCUGGAUGCUGCUCUCCCUCGACGGAGCCUGCGUGGCGCUCGUCAUGUACGCCACCUACCGCACCAUGCUCAGCCUUGAGUGCCCCGACUGCGACCUCUACUUCCAUUGCCGUGCAAACUACAACGCACUGCGCUGGUGCCGCAAAACCAAACGGUCGCAAGAGAUGAACGCCCUGAUCGGUGGCUGCCAGAACCUGUCCAAGCCCGGCAGGACGCCGGAGCAGAAGGCGGCCGAGGAACGGGCGCGCCAGGACGGCAGGGAGCAGAAGGACUGCGCCAGGAUCUACCUCGGCAACUCGGGGUGCAGCUACAAGCCCGGCUCGGGAAAAUGCAUGGCCUUUGAGAAGGGCCCUAUCGGCUAGACUGAGCUGCACGCGAGAAUGGCGGGCGGGGCUAUGUGCUGACAACAGCUGGGACAUUAAAAUCGCGAGAGCGAAAACAACCCGGCAGCGGAAUAGACGGGACGGUACAUCAACACCCGUGCACAGGAACACAAAUUAAGCAGCUGUGGUUGAGUGUCCGCAACAGCUCUGCGUACGCAAGGAAUACUCGAAGGCGGCAAUGCGCUGCGCGACGUUCUCGCGUGCGCACGAGAGCGCGUUGUUCCACGCUGCUCCGAACGAAGGAGUGGCGCGUGAGCGGGCGGUGGCACUUUCCGAGGCGGGCGCAUGGCGGCGCUGAGAAGCCCGCGCGCUCGACGCGACCGCGUCCCCACACGCUCUCGUGCGCUGCGUACGUGGCUGCUUGCGGACGCUCAACGAAAACUCUCUACUGUCGAUAAUCAACACAGACGUCCGAUUUUUAGAGCCUGCGCGUCUGAGCCAUCCGUAAAUCAGGAUCUUAGGCAAGAGUCAUGGCGCACUGUCAUACGAAUUGCUGGAAGGCGUUUAUAUCCACAAGAAGGCUCGUGCUUAAGCAAGCCAAAAUUUGAUUGCCUUUCGAGGCUGGGAAUGCGACUUUUUUCCAACAGCUUAAUUGAACGACUUUGCUUACAGGAGCGCUCCGACACCUAACUUUCCUAUGUCUGUCGAAUGAACCUUGUUGCGCGAGCUCGCGCUUGUCCUUGCCACUUCGUUGUCGUGUUGUCUUUGCUUGCGCUUAAUGCAUUAUUGUAAUAUUGAAUGUAAUCAACCAACCAACAGGUUCAUUCAGGGCGACAUUUUCGUUGCUGCAGCAGUUUAGAAUAGUAUACCUCUUGGCUGCUGGCCAUUUAGCCGCCAUACACAUGUAAAACUAUCCUGUCAUUCUCAGCAUAAUGCCUAUUUUUUUCAUUUGUUGUUGUUUUCCCUAAAUAGCAAAAAAGGCUCGAUUUGGUUUACCUGACUUGAUUUGAUUUGAAUGACACUGCCGCUCACAGUACAGGGUGGAGAGCAGGACAACGUUCAAGCGCGAAAUUCCCCCCUUCGCAUCCGAGCUCAAGUCUCGGAUGUUCAACGAAGCGGCCAGCGCCUCAACCUCGCAAUAGUAUACAAGGAAAUGACUGUUCCUCUGUUUUGCUUGCACAACAUGUCUGUUUAGAACUGUGAAAAUGAAAUCUUAAAAGAUAGCAGAAUCACUACAAUUGUUACUAAAAUCUGUAACGCUACAUUACUCUACCAUUUUAAGAGGCGCAAACGAUAUGUGAUGUGUAUUCGAACGUAAUGACAAUAAAAUGGUGAUUGCAUAGAC